GUUGAUAUUUUAAUAUUCAAAUGACGACAACAAAGGGACAGCCAGAGUGUCUGAAGAGGAUCAAUAAGGUGUUGAGAGCAGUCUCCGUCGGCACAGAAAGGGAGAAACAUCAGAGCAGAGGGAAGCUGUGGACAUUCACAAGAUGGUGAAGAUGCAGUGGAGUCUGUUGGUGUUGAUUGUGAUGGGUCAGUGUUCCUCCAUUGGGGGUCAGCUGUAUGAGUACCACUUCAUUAAAUAUGAGAAGACCUGGAAAGCAGCCCAGGAAUAUUGCACAAAGAACCACAGUGACCUGGCCACAGUGUCUAACGAGACAGACAUGCAGAGACUCCAACGCCAUCCACAGUAUCGAAGCGGAGCCUGGAUUGGGCUGCAGCGAGACUGGCGCUGGUCUCAGCCACGGGUGAAGUUCAAUGAGAGUAAAUGGUCUACAGGACAGCCAAACAAUGAAGACAUUCCUGAGAACUGUGUGUGGAUGAAGAUGAAGAAUGACAAAUGGGAGGACGACUCUUGUAAUAAAAGGCAUAACUUUAUCUGCUAUGAUGGUGAGAAUAUGUGGUGCAUAGAGUCUGUUUUCCACUAA